UGUUUUUGUUCACGCAAUAAAAUUGAAAAAUGGCUACCAGCUGUAAUUCAUUUAAUAAGUAACAAAUACACCGGUUACAUUUAAACGAAUUUUCUCAUUGAAAUGUUGCAGAAACUUAAUUGGAUUUAAAAAAACGGAAAGGCGUUUUUUUUUCGGGAACAUUCGCCUAAAUAAAAACAAAAAGGAUAAUUUAUUUGAGAAUAACUAAAGUUGUAAAAAAUAUUAAUAAUAAAAGAUGAAUUCUGCUAUGCACCCUCCGCAAACUGCCUCAAAUUCACGAUUAAAUAAUGCAACAAUAACAACGGCUCCACAAAAUAAUUCAAGUACACCAUCGUUGAUAUGUCGAUUCCACAAACAUGGUACUUGUAAAUAUGGUACACAAUGUCGUUUUGUACAUCAGACAUCAUCGCCAACGAGUUCAUCCUCUGAUAAUAUAAAUAGCACAACAACUCCAGAACAAAUACCACCUGUUAUAACACGAACUGCCAUUCCAUCAGAGGAUUGGGUGAAUGCACCAGAAUUUUUUCCAUCUGCAAGUAAAACAAAUUUAAAUACAGCGAAUAAUACAACAAUUCCAAAGAAAAUGGCGAUUAAAUCUUAUGCACAGGUUGUUAAACCCGAAGGAAAAGACGGAGAAGAUACAGCAGCGGCAUCUUCAGCGAUGUAUAAUAAACUAUGUCCAUAUGCUGAAGCUAAUGGAGAAUGUCGUUAUCCACCAAAUGAAUGUUCGUAUAUUCAUGGCGAUAUCUGUGAAUUGUGCGGGGUCGCUGCUUUACAUCCACAUGAUCAGGAACAACGUAAACGUCAUCAGCGGGAGUGUGUUUCACAACAUGAAAAAAAUAUGGAAUUAUCAUUUGCUGUGGCUCGUUCACGAGAGAAAUCAUGUGGUGUAUGUUUUGAAGUGAUAUUAGAAAAAUCAUCGCGAGAACAACGUUUUGGAAUUUUACCGAAUUGCAAUCAUUGUUUUUGUUUAUCGUGUAUUCGAAAAUGGCGUCAAGCAAAGCAAUUCGAUUCAAAAAUUAUACGUGCGUGUCCCGAAUGUCGAGUAACAUCAGACUUUGUAUGUCCGUCAAUGUACUGGGUGGACACAAAAGAAGAAAAAGAGAAAUUAAUAACGGAUUAUAAAGGAGCGUUACGAAUUAAAGAUUGCAAAUAUUUCAAACAAGGGCGCGGUAAAUGUCCAUUUGGUAACAAAUGUUUUUAUUUACAUGCAUUACCCGACGGUACCAAAGUGGAUGUAGGACCACCGGUACGCCAUCGUCGGCAAGCGCAUGAUGGUGAAAUUGAUAUGUUGCAACAAUUCAUUUUAUGGGACUUCCUUGAAGAUCGAGAUAAUCGUUGGCUAUAUUCUUUAGACGAUCUAGAGGAUUUAGUGGCCUUUUUUUCCGAUUCAGAAGAUUCAGAUUGGUCUGAGUAUGAUUUCUCCUUUGAAUAAAAAAAAAAAAUUAAUCUGAUCGUAAUAUAUUAAUUACAUGGUAUAUAAAAACAUAUAAAACUCAAAAACAAACAAAAAAUUUCAAAAAAUUAAAA